AUUGAAUCAGAGAGCAAAUCCAGGGGAUGCGUUUGUUUGUUCAUUUUCCAAAAGAUCGCAGAAACUAAAUUCCAGUGUCAGGAAGACGAGAAGGACUGAAGGAGAAACAACGACAGUUUCACAAAUUUUUUAAAAAGUAGAACCGGAAGAGCAAAAACAAACACCACUCUCAGUAAAGUAAUAAUUGUUUUCCACCUUUAUUUAUUCACUUACUUAUUGCUGGCUACCAGAGAGGAAACAGUACUCCAUUGCAUUCUCUCCCUUUCUGCUCGCUCUGCAUAAUAUAACCAAACCACAAAUCUCCCCUCUCCCUCUCCCUCUCCCUUCUUCUUCACACUCACAACGUGAAUUCCCACUCUCUUCUUCCCAACCUUCAUGUCUGUGCCCUUGGAGCAUGAUUACAUAGGCUUCUCGCCACCACCAGCAGAAGACACUUCCAUGGAGAAAACAGGGGAUAUCAAACCCAUCUCUGCUCUCACCAUGAACAUGAAAGCUACCGAGUUGAGGCUCGGGUUACCCGGGUCCCACUCCCCCCAGCGAGACGACAACGGCAGCCCGGAGCUCUGCAUCGCCCUGCCCAGCAGCAAGUCCUCUGUUUCCAGGCCCAAGAGGGGCUUCUCCUUCGCCAUCCAUGGCGGCUCCGGCAACUGGGUUUUCUCCUCACCUGACACCAAUUUUUCCUCUCCCAGAAACAACCCAUCCGCCGUUGCGAAUUCCGAGUCCGUUCAGGACGGCGGGUUGCCGAAUCAGUCGUCGCCGGCUGCGCCGGAGAAGAAGAAUGGUCAGGCUGCCGGUCCAGCUUCUAAGGCACAAGUGGUUGGAUGGCCGCCAAUUCGUUCGUUUCGGAAGAACACCAUGGCUUCCCAUCCUAGUCCGAAGAACAGUGACGUGGUGGAAGGAGGCGACCACCAUCCACAGUCUGGGGGAUCAGCAUCAUCCUCAUCAUCAGUUUGUUUGUACGUCAAGGUCAGCAUGGACGGAGCGCCGUAUCUCAGGAAAGUCGAUCUCAAGACUUAUGGCGGCUACAAGGACCUCUCUCUUGCUCUCGAAAACAUGUUCAGCUGCUUCACUAUUGGUCAAUGCGGGUCUCAUGGCGUUGGUGUGGGAGACGGAGUGAGCGAGAGCCGACUGGUAGAUAUUCUUCAUGGUUCCGAGUAUGUACUCACGUACGAAGACAAAGAUGGUGACUGGAUGCUUGUUGGUGAUGUUCCUUGGAAGAUGUUCAUCGACUCCUGUACAAGGCUGAGGAUCAUGAAGAGCUCCGACGCCAUUGGCCUAGCACCAAGAGCGUUUGAGAAAGUGCAAAAGCAGUAACUAGCUUGACUGAAUGCAGAAACCCUUAUGAAUACUGCUGCCAAUUUGGAUUUUGGUUCAUGGAUCCAAACAGAAUGAGGAUCCACACCACUUUUUUGUCUCUACUUUGGCAUAUUUAUAUAUCUUAAUAUUGAUCUAUAGUGUUUGUAUUAGUUUCAAAACUUGUUAAGUAAAACCCAAGUUUGCUUGGAUUCAGAUGUGUAUUAUUAUUUGUGCUGAUUUUCCUGGAUAUCAUCAUAAAUGUGCUCCCCCCUUCUGCCUGCAAUUAUUAUUAUUGUGUGUAAAGUUUUGUUUCUUUGCUGCAGCUAGUAGCCUCUCACACUCACUCUUCUUUGCCCUUUUCUCAUCUUUUCUUUUCCCCCAUUUUUCUGCCUUUUGUCCCUCACUGUGGGCUGUGAAAAGAAGCAAAAGGAAGUGAGAGAGGGAGGUGAAUGGGAAGGUGGAUGGUUGUUGGGGGACAAAUUCAAUUGCCAAAAGCCCACCAAAUGGGGUAUAGUCUACUCUAGUGCAGUCUAAUACUGGAGAGAGUUGAUGGAUGGAUGGAUGGAUUGAUUUGAUAGGCGGCUGCAAUGUGGUGCAGAAUUCUUUCUUUUCUUCUUCAGGAACCAAUGGAACCGAGGCAGCCAGGGUGCUGUUGUUUGUCUCAAUAUGUGAAUGGUUAAAAGGGUUGCUGUUACUGUAGACAGAGCUGUGAAUGAUUGUGGAAGUGAAAUUUCUCUGUCUGGUGGAUUCAUGAACGAUCUUUGUACAAGGGGGAAAUUGAUGUGAUGUGGAUGAAUGAGUCUUCAAUGGGGCUGUAAAUGAAAUGAAACGAGGUUUUGGCUCCAUUGUUCAGGGGAUAGGUAGGCCGAGGAGGAGUAGAAACAAAACUGGGGAGCAGGUUUUUGGGGGGCCUUUCUUUGUGGCUCAUGUCUGGUAUUGGUCGUUUGGUUAUGGUGGAGGUCUUUCAAUGGCGUGGGUGGGGGGACUAAUCAGGGGUUCAAUCUAUCCCAAAAGGAAGAUGAAGGGAUAACUCCAAUUUCUUGUCAUCGUUCUUCCACUUAAACAAAACUCAUUGAUGUUUCCUAAAGUUGGAGUGACACACAUAAUUUC